UUGACAGCAGGUUCGAGUCGGCAUGUAAACAGUGUAGCACAUUAGCAUGACCAGUGCGGCAAGAGACUGUAGCUAGCAGGUCAAAAUAAGUCUUUCACAGAUGACAAUCUUCCGUCGUCACAUUUAGUUUAACAGCAGCCAUGAGAUUGUACCGGGCGCUCCGUAACGUCGACAAGUUCAGAACCGUUUUCGACUUCGGUGGACGGGAUGUGGCUCACUGGUUCCCCGGACACAUGGCUAAAGGGCUGAAACAGAUGAGAGCCAACCUCAGGAAUGUGGACUGCAUCAUAGAAAUCCACGAUGCCAGAAUCCCCCUCUCUGGGAGAAACCCUGUGUUUCAGGAGACUCUAGAUGUCAGACCACAUUUGCUAAUUCUCAACAAGAUGGACCUUGCUGAUCUGUCUGGCAAGCAGACACUCUUGAAGAAGCUGGAAAAAGAUGGGGUGAGAAAUGUCCUCUUCACAGACAGUUUGAAGCAGAGACACGAAAACAUCAAAAAGUUGGUGCCAAUGGUGAUGGAAAUUAUAGAGAGCAGACCACGUUUUAACAGAGAUGAGAGUACAAAUUAUUGCCUGAUGGUGAUUGGAGUGCCCAAUGUGGGAAAGUCAUCUCUUAUUAACUCAUUAAGAAGAACUAACUUGAAAAAAGGUCGUGCAUCUCAAGUAGGUGGGGAGCCAGGUAUAACUAAAGCGGUCCUGACUAAAAUCCAGGUGUGUGAGCGACCCAUAAUAUACCUGUUGGACACACCAGGAGUCUUGCCUCCCAAGAUUGAAAGUGUUGAAACAGGCAUGAAGCUGGCUUUAUGUGGAACUAUAUUGGACCAUUUAGUUGGUGAAGACAUUAUCGCUGACUACUUACUCUAUUCUCUGAACAGGCUGGGGAAGUUCAGAUAUGUGGAGAAAUACAACCUCCAAGAACCCAGUGAUGACAUCCAGCAUGUCCUCAAAUGCAUCGCUGUGAAACUUGGAAAGACCCAGCGGGUCAAAGCCAUUACUGGAGUGGGGAACAUUACCAUCACUGUCCCAAACUACACAGCAGCAGCUUAUGAUUUCAUAAGAGCCUUCAGGAAAGGAGAGCUGGGGCUAGUAAUGUUGGACUGAACUGAGUCAUUUUAAUCAAGAUGACCAGAGACUGUUGCUGGAUUUUGCCAGUUUGUCCUGGAAGGAAUUAUAUUUAACCACAGGUAUCAUCAAGGUCUCUGUCCUCAUUUCUUUGACAUUUUGGGGGCAUGGUGCAGACUGUUUUGUCUAUGGAUGACUUAAAAAGUCACCAAAGCACUGUAUCCUUUGUAAAUAAAAGAAUGUAAUUUGA